CCCUGUCGAUCACUCUCCCUCUGUCCCUCUCCCUCAUCAACAACACAACACCUCGCCAUCAUGUCUCGCAGUGCACCGUCCUCAACCUAACCGCGGGUUUGACCUUGUUCACAUACCUACUACGCCUUGGGUCAGUUGCGACUUGGACGUGUCGAGCUCGCUUCUGCCCGUCUCCAACUCUUACAUCCUCCUUCGCUGUCCCUUGCCUUCCAUCUUCUCCCCCCAAGAUGUGCACCUUUGACUACACGCCCUACGCGGGCUGUGUCGAAGGGCAGCAGCAUUUCUACCUCCAGUGGAUGAAGUGCAACAGGGCCAUCGCCAUCCAAAAGUACUGCUCCAUCGAGAGGUCCAUCGAGAUGCAGACCCUCAGGCUGCUGUCCGGCAGCAUCAUCUGCUGCCCCAUCCACAACCCCAUAUCCGUCGAGCAGCAUCAGUUCCAAGUCGUCCACGUCAACGACGAACAAGACGACGAAGACGAGUCGCUGUCUCCUCUUGCUGCCUCGCCCAAGUCAUAUUCCUCGCAAAGACGCCGGGCCCGCACCCUGACCCGGCCUGAAAGCGCGACCCCGAAGCACGACAGAAGCAUGCUUUCCUUUGAAGACGAAGUCCGAGCCGUAUCGAGGAGGAGAAAGGCAGCGGCGGCGGCACGCAACGCUUCGCCUGUCGACUCGAGAGGUUCGCGCGAGUCGAGCCCCCGCCCUGCUCGCCCGAGAACCUCGGGUGGCGAGAGGAGAGCCAGAGACCACUCUGCCGGCACCGACUGGUCAGCCAUGCCGCGCGGUAGAUCUCACAGGCGCGUGAGCUCUGUCGAUGUGGCCCAGCCUCCUGCCCGGAGCAAGACUUUCCACGGCAAGCCCCCGCCGUCAUUCAGACAAGUCGAAGAGAAGCAAACCCCUGCCAGAGAGGAGCCCCGCAACAUGGUGCCGGCUCAGAAGUCACCCCGGCCCGUAAGCGCCGUGGGGCAGCCCAUUGGCCCCGGGGCUGGUAUCGGACUGCCAUCGAGUCCCGAUAUUCACCGCCGCGCGAGUAUGGCGCUCCGGAAACCAGCAGAGCAGGAUUCGGCCGCCAGACAGGCGGGUUCGGGUGCCGCCUCGUUGGCUUCUCGUGGUGAUAGCUCCCCAGAGGACAACUGGGAGCCUCUUCCACCACGGCCCCUGACCAACCGCGGAAGAAGCACUCCAGACCUCUCUCCGAUACAGGGCAGGAAUGAGGAGAGGGCUAUGAGAAGGAUCGAAGAGCAUCGCGGCCCCGAGGAGGAAGGCGAGCAGACCGCUGCGGGUAGAGGAAACAACAGGCUACACCGUCGCGAGGGCAGCGACUCCUCGGGCAGGUUGAAGGAGCUCCUAGUUCCGGAGCAACGUCCCAAGCAUGUGCGCGACGUAGCCCUGACCAUCAAAGUGCCCGGCGGUUCCGAGCAGAGUGCUGAUGCUCUUCGGCAAAACCGAAAGUCGAUGCGUUUGGAUAACCGAGCGGCUGCCUCUCUCCAGAAAACCGAAGACACGGGGCGAAGCAGACGAUACGAAGACCAGGUCGAAGAGGGACGGAAAUGGGUCGCGGCACGCGAGUACAUGCCAAUCACGACCAUGGGCUCUGUGGUCGGCACCGCUAGCCCACCACAAUUCCACAGCCCGCAACAGCAACAGUCCGAGUCCAGCUUGACGAGCCGGGAGUCCAACGACAGCGGCUACCUCAGCGGCGGCAAUCAGCGGAAAGGCCCAGGUGGAACCCCCACGUCUCCACUGGCCGCUGGGUUCGAGAGGUCUGCCACGCCCUCGGCGGACGCAAAGUCCAUCCGGAGCGUCUUGCAGAAGGCGCAACCUCAUCGCCCGCCGCCCCUGGAGCUGUCGGGGCUCCCACCCGUCGCACUCCCCGUCGUCUUGAUGCCAGACCAGUCUGCCCAGCCGGUGACUAGCCCUGGAAAGUCGUCUCUGUUGCACCGCAUGGGAUUAAGGCGCAAGAUCAGCGGGCUGCUGUGGGAGAGGAACUCCCCAAACGCAGUCGGCGAUGUUCGAAGUUGAUCCCCGGCUAGCGGGUUGUCAUGCCUUCCUUUGUUACGCACUAUACCCCGUUUGGUUUCGUUUCGUUCUGGAC